GUCGAUGUUGUCAAACCAUCAAAGUGACAGUUUCAUCCAAAAAAUCAAUUUUGUAAAAUUUUGUUUGCAAACGAUUUUGUACAUUUCGUAUCAAGUUGACAAAGUUAUCAGACAAGGAUUACGAUGUUACCUCUCUCUUUAUUGAAAACGGCACAAAGUCACCCGAUGUUGGUCGAGCUGAAAAAUGGAGAGACAUACAACGGACAUUUGGUCAGCUGCGACACAUGGAUGAACAUCAAUCUCAGAGAAGUGAUUUGCACAUCCAAGGAUGGUGAUAAAUUUUGGCGUAUGCCCGAGUGCUACAUCCGGGGCAGUACAAUCAAAUACCUUCGUAUUCCCGACGAAGUCAUUGACAUGGUGAAAGAAGAUGCACAAGUUAAGUCGCGUGGUCGUCAAGAUAUGAAAGGUGGACGAGGUGGCCAGAAUCAACGCGGAGGAAAUCGUGGUGGCAAUCAAGGAGGCAACCGACCGUUUGCACAGCGAGGACGACAACAAGGCAGAGAAGGUGGUGGUGGUGGCGGCGGCGGCGGCGGUGGUGGUGGUCAAAUGAAUCACAAUCGAAAACCAAAACAAUAAAUUUUGAACUGAGAGUUGUAGGUUCAGGCGGGUACAUUUAAGGUUGUUUUUCGAUUUCAUAUGCUGCUCUAAAUAAAAGACUUGGAUUAAGAUGUUUUCGAA